AAACUUGCCGCCGCUAGAAAUGUCUGAAGUUUGGGAUGAAAAGUUGAGAUCUCACAGAAACUCAAUGGGAAGGUGAACGCGAACCAUGACUCUCCUGUGAGACGGAAAACUUUUAAGGAGUAAAGCCUCUGGAGACGGCAGGACCAUCUUUGAACGUUUCCUGGUCGACAGUUGUAAGUUGAACCAACUUUAAAUGAGUUUUAGGAAACUGAGUUUGUAUUAACGGGUUUUUUUUUCUGGCUGAGCGUCGAUUGACUGAACAUUGAGACCAUAGACUGUCUGUUUGAGACGCAGGAUCUUAACCUUUUAUAAGACCUCUUAUUGUUAAAAACGAAGGUUUACUGAGGGAUUUUUGAGCUCCCUUUUCCCAGUAAUGACACCAAACAUUACAUUUUCUCUGGUAACUAAAGAGGAAAUGCGAAUUAGUCAGAUAAAGAGAUCCUUGUCUGAUGUACUAUUACAGUAUUUCUCUCUAUUUAUCCUUGCAUUGGUUUGAAAGGACUCUAGAGACUGUCUUAACCUUGGCACUUUUAUUUAUUUUUUGUUUUAGUUUAUUUUUCUGUAAGGCUCUUUACAGGCUAACUCCUGGAGCUCAGGACUUUGUUAAAACUUAAGGUUAAAAACAAAAAAACUAUAGUAUCAGUUAAGUAAUAUUUCUCUUCAGAAUAAGAUUAUAUUCGACUUUAUUGAAUGAAUUGUUCAAAAAAAAAAAAUUACCCACAGAAGUCAUCUCUAAUGGGCAAAAUCUGGGAGCAAUUGCAGUUGGUGGUUUUCUUCUUAACUCUUAGUCCUAUCCAGAUUCAUACCCCUUCUCAAUCCUUACUGUACCUGUAAGAAUUAAAGCCAAAAUAAAAACCUGCCUGUUUUAUUCUGGAUUAAAUCACACCCAUUAUUUAGUGUGUCCAAAGCUCAGUAAACAAAAAAGUUAUCUUUAUCUUGUACUUUUUCAGGGAACAUAAUAAGACAGCAUAGUGAGACGUAUUUGAGAGCUUGUCAAAUCCACAACAAAAAAUUUUCAUGCCAGUCUAGAACAGACGAAUGUGUUUAGAGUAAGUCAAAGCCUUAUUAUGCAUAGUUUUGUCCAUCUUAAUAGAUUCUGGCACUAAAGUUUACAUUAUAAAAGUCAUCAGUCAUAUAACAGAUGGUCUUGUUUGCGUAUACCAGGAAAAAACCAUUGAUAUGGAUUUCGGUCUGUUUUAUAAAUGUUGAAAAACUCCUUAUAGAAGCUUUAAAUGUACCUAUAUUGAAAGAGAAAGCAUUGCAUUUUCACAUUGAUGUAUAUAUCAGAUCAGACUUUCUGUUGGAGUUUACUGUGCAAUCCUGCAUCGUGGUUUCAAGGAAGAUAAAUUAUGCCAGCUUUGUAUGUAAUUUAAGGGAGCUAAUUUGUACAUCACAUGUCCAUUAAUCCAAAAGCCAAAUCAUGAUUCAUUGUGGUGAGCCUCCAGUCAGACUCAGUUUGACUUCCACCAGCUUAGGCGGUAGCUGCCAACACAAAACCAGCAGUUUAAAUCUGCCUCUGGUCCACUGUCAGCUCCUUUCAUUAUCACUCUCAGACUUGUGCAGGCUUUGUUUGGGUAAACCGCUGCAGUGAACAGUUAUUCAGGAAAAAAAAAAAAACUCCUCCUAAGGUGCUGCAUGACCUGCUGGCAGCCUUAAACUCUGUGCGCAUACGAUGAUGUCUUCUUAACUUCAGGGGAGACAAAUCAAAACAAAGGAUUUCUCUCCCUCCUCUGACUAUAACCAUAUUUGUGUCCAGCUGAGCUCUCACUGCUAAUGGUUGGCUGCUCUGAAGAUCCAUGCUACUGCACACUCGCUUGCACAGCCGUAUCUAAGGUUACAGUGGGAGAGCAAGCAGAGUAAAUCACACUCCCACCAUGUUGAAGGAUUUUUAAACAGUGGAAUAAAUAAAUCUGGUGGCACUAAUCAGUUAAUUUCCUCAGGCAACAGGCAUUUUUUUGUACCUCAGUGAGGUAAGAGAAGACAAAGUCCAUUAAUGGGCUGAGUUUGUGUUAGCUGUAACAUAGCCUGAAGUCAGAAUAACAUUACACAGACUUUUAAAAUCUCUCUUGACGUGUCAAAACUCAACAGACGCCUCUCCAUCUCAGCCACCUUUCCUCCUUGACAUGAGCAUUCCUUGCAUUCUUGAUACAGUACUCUUGUGCUGGUGCAAAGGAAGGGGGGGGGGGUGUUUUGGGUCACAUGAGAUAUGGAGAUGUUUACAUACACGCUCCAGAAAUUCAAUUAAAAUCUUAAUCUGAAACAUUCCACACACAGGAAUAUAAUUCAAGACCCAGUUUGAAAUAUGAGCUGUGCUGUGAGUGGCUUGUGGGUUUUCAGCUGUAGCUCUUGUUUUUGCAUUCAGUGCUGGCAAUUUCUGAGUAAGAGGAAGACAUUUCUCCCGAAUGUGCCAGGAAACGCUUCCUGACAGGACUGACUGAAGGUCUUCCUGAGAGUAGGGAUGCCUCUGUCUCAAGUCUGUUUAUGGUUUCAUUCAUUCUCGUCAGCUGAAGUGCUGUACAACUCUUUGUCCUCAGCAUUUUUUACUCUUGUGGUUUCAUUUUGAAGCAGUAGCUGUAAAUGUUUGCCGGUAAAAGACACCGAAAAAGCUGCUUUUGUGCAACAACCUUGAUAAGAAAAGCAACAAGAGGCAGCUUUUCUUGCCGUGCUGUCUCUUACUCAGUUCCUCUUGCCUCUUUUCCAGUCCUCUUUCAUUUUCCCCUCCUCCACUGUGAUGUAGCUUGUGGAAAAAACUGCAAAAGCUAUGGUUCAGUGUUGCAGUGCUAUCAUGUGAGAGUCUCAGAGAGACAAAGAGUUGUUUGUGUAUAAAUGAAGUGGUAGUUUAAAGUCUGGCCUUUCGUUCCUGUCAAACAGUCUGCCCUCACAGCGGCACAGACUGAAAGUCCAUUGGACCAUCUCUGAGGGGGAAAUGUAAACAAAGGCAGGGUGUUUCACUGGUGGUUGGAUUUUAUGUGGGACCGACUUCCACAGGGCCAUGUCAUGCUUUGUGUCCACGUUGUCUCUUUAAAAUACUGCUGUAACUACAACUGCUGAGCGAAGUGAACCUGGAGAAAACAAUUAUUUCAACUCCUUUCAAAUCUUAGUUGUUGUUUUAAGUGAUUUUCCAGCUAUUUUCAGUGUAGGAAGAUUGUUUGUGAAAAUCAGGACAAAUCACAACACCACUUGAAAUAACUCUUAAACUGAUACCCAUGCAUUUACUUUUUCAAAGUCUGUUUUUUAAAUGAGUGAUGGAAUAUAAUGUUUUUACAUUAUGAUCUAAAAAACAGAUGAAUUUGUUAAGUGGGCUAUGUCAACUUUAGCCGCAUUUAGCUGUGUUAUAUAUUGUGUGAAUACCAUGUGACUGUUGUCUGAGUGUCUUCUUACCUGUAAACUUCAUUUUAUUUUUAAUCAACUUGGAAAUUAGUCACACUGGAUCACCCUGGACUCCCACACUGUUGAUAUUUUUUCAUAAAAAACAGAAGGAGAGUUUGGUUGAAAGAUGACUUCUUCCAGUUUCAAGCCUUCCCUGUUAACCAACAAUUGGGUGUACUGGCUUGCCAGCAUUGAAAUGAUUCGGCACAACACAGAUACAGCAUCUAUAAGCACUGGUUCAUGGCGCAUUAGCUUAAUUACCAAUAGUCAGUGUUGAUAAUGGCUGAUACUGAUGCUGUCGAUAAAUAGCUAUUGAUUUUUUUGUGUGUUAUAUCAGAAAAUAAGGUUCUGUUAGGUCAGUGGUUCUCAAGUCCAGUCCUCGAGCCCCCCUGUCCUGCAUGUUUUGGAUGUGUCCCUGCUCCAACACACCUGAUUCAAAUGAUCAGCUCGUUAUCAAGCUCUGAAAUGGCUUAAUAACGAGCUGAUCAUUUGAAUCAGGUGUGUUGGAGCAGGGAAACAUCUAAAACAUGCAGGACGGGGGGGCUCGAGGACUGGACUUGAGAACCACUGUAUUAGCUUAUGGACUGUUGAUUAGACAAAAAAAAACUUCAGUAAUAUUAACAUAACAUGGAAAUUCGAGAUUGUGGUGUCUUUUAACAAUAAAAUGAUUUGUUGGUUGCAAACCUUAUCGAGAUACAGCUGUUGAUAUAAUCCUUUAUUCAUCAUCUCUAUUCCUUAUAACUACUGCCACUCAUAUCACUAUCCUGUUAAACCCAGAGGCAGGUAAGUUAUAUACGUUUUUCUAACAAAAAAAUUAUAAUUAGUUGUUAUUGGGAUCAAAAUAUCCCUCGCAAUAAAAGCCCGGGUGUCUGAGAGUGGAAUGAGCUUUCUAAACAAAGUUAUGCUGCUAUGAGUGCCAUUGUUAUUGGCUGUAAAUCCAGUUGGGGAUGAGUGAUAUCUUCACAACUGAGUAGGGAUCGUUUUGAAUUAAGCAUAGUGCAUUGGCAUGGCAUUUAGGAUCCAGCAAUAAAAUCUGACUUUGAUAACUUAUUUUACUCAAUAACUUUUCCACAGCUGUCUUGAGAGAGGUAUCAAAUGCCAUCUGUAGUCAGACGCCUUUUAGAUCCAAUAUUUUGCCACGACAAAAGCACAUUGUUGUAGUUCCAAGUUUAUGGGGUUGUGUCCUGAUAAAUGAUCUGAUACCAAAUCAAAUUUUGUAGACUGAGGCGCAUUAAAUCAUUGAAAUCGUGGAAAGAAAAGCAAGAGCAGUGUUCAGGGAAAAAAGCUGAUACCCUGGGUGAAAAACAGAGUGCAGAUUAUGAUACAGAGAAACAGAAGUUUGUUUUCACAUAGUAAUACACUGAACUAUUUGAUGUAAAAAUAAUUCUGAGAUAAAGAAAUGGCACUCUAAUGGAAUAUUCUUGGCACUUUUAAAAAGCAAAAGGCUAUGACAGAAUUUGACAAUAUGAACAUGGAAACACGUGAAAAUGGAAAAGGCUCCAGUAUUGAGCCUUGUGGGACACCUUUGUAAACAUCCAAGCAGACAACAUAGACGGAAAUGUAUCAGAUUUAUUCCUUUAAGUUAUUUUAGGAGCCUUUUUUCUCCUUUAUUUGUGUAGGAGAGAGACAGGAAAUGUGAGAGUGCAGAGUUGGUAAAGACCUGUCUUUAAUGGCUGGACCAGACCAGCUCCCUGAAGGUAUACAAUCCCAAACACUCAGCAAGGAUAGUCUUCGUUGGAAAGCAAGUGAUCUGAAGUUAUUACAUUUUUAAAAAAUUCAGCAUAAUUUCAAAAUCUCAGCAUUAGUUUACAUUUCAUUGAUUGGAAGUAUAAGGUUCUAUGAUUGAGGAGCUUCAACGUCUCAUGUCUUUGUGCUGCAAAAAUGAAUGCUGCUUCUAUAGUGAGGCAGUGAUUCUGAAAUGCACAUCUGUACCGCAGCUGGGAGUGGGCUAUUGGAGCACAAGCAUUUGAGGCACCAGCAGAGAUGUGUUCUUAGAAAUGUGUGUGUUUGUGUGUGUGUGUGUGUGUGUGUGUGUGUGUGCGUGCGCAUGUGUGUUUGUUUUGAAAGCCCACCACUCAGCAUAAGGUCAAAUAAUCCCAUACUAUUUUCCUCUGCAAAUACAUUCUCGUCACCCCCCAACCCCCUCACCCCUCCAUCUGGAUGAUGUUAAAACCACCUCACAGAAAUAGAAAAACCAAGACAGAUUUUAAGAAGGUUUGGUCUUUGUUUAGAAAAACUUGAAGUCAGUCAGUAUCAGUGCAUCAAGACUGUGACAAACUGUGACAAAUAUGACAGUAUCAUCUGGAAAAAAAAGAAUCCAGAGAUUGAGAAAGUUGUAACCAAGUCAUUAAUCAAUACGAGUUUAUGCUACCAUUUUAGUCAUAUUGGCACACCAAUUCGGUUCUGCAUGGGACUGGUGAGGAACCGGUCCCUAAUCUGGGACCAGUUCUUCGUGUUCCUCAAUGUUAAUUCUGUUAAUGAAAAUUGUGACUGUAUUUGUUUUUUAAUGAUCUGAUCUUGCUGUUUUGAGAGUAUAAAUUGACCAGCACAAAUACCACCAGCCUGAUGUCUCAGUUUGUCUCAGGGUGUUGUCUUAAGGGUGGAGGGAGAGGAGGUCACACAGGUCAACAGAGAUGUCAGUACCAGGCAGUUAGUGCUGCUUUCAGGGUGAAAUAACCUGCUCAGGAAUGUGUGUGGUGCUCACUCCUUCACUGUGGCAUUAUCAAUCAUUAUUACAAGCUCUUCAUCACAUGGCUGCAGACACAGACACUCAUCUGUGGACUUUCCUCUUCAGAUUUGCUCUGAAAGUUCCUCUUGGACUUGUCUCUAACUGAUGUGAAAUGGUUGGAAAAUAUCUCCGAUCAGUAUUUUGAAGGAUCUGUCUGGAAAUAUUUUUUUUACUGAAUUGGAUUUAUUAUGAAACUCAUAAUAAUCAAAUUCAUAUGCUUAGUUUUUCUGUCAGACAGUCUUCAUGCUUCUAUUUUUACACACAUACUUGGAGGUCUCCUCACUGGAGGACUACACUCGAUAGUUUCGACUUUCACGCCAUUUGUUGUUUAUUCUGCAGUCCCCCAUGUAGUGAAAAUAUUUGGAUUCCCAACAAAAAAGCACCUCAUUUUGGCACUUCUAAUUUUUCCCAUGGGGUGAACCAAACAGCUGACCAAAUAGAGUUUCCACCCUGGUGAGAGCGAGAGAUGAUUUUCCAUUUAAGGAUGGAAAUACCUGCAGAGAAUUGGAUGUUAUCGGAGAUGUGUUUUGAUUUGAAAGCAGGUCGCUUUAAUUUGAAAUCUGAGAUGUUUCCUGGUAUUUAUAUAAACUGAAAGUCCUGGUUUGUCUUGCUUUAAAUCACCUGAAAUGGUCCUACAUCACCACAGUUCUGCUCCUAAUCAACCUGAAUGUCAAGUUUAUAGAGUAGGGCAAAUAAACAGCAGUGUGUGUGUAUGUGUGUGUGUGUGUGUGCUGUUUUGGAAGAAACUUACCCCUCUUUCUCCAGAGUGUGUUGUUGAAAUUAGGCUCUUAAGGCCCCUUGUGUUAACAGCAGACCCCGGCCCCCUAGCUCAUAUUGAGACCAUUGGUUUAAUUAUACUCUUAAUGCCCACGCUGGGUGUGACACUGUGACCCCAGAGAAGGAGGAAAUGAAGUAAACUCUACAGCCCCUGCCCCCAUACAUAUGGACAAAUCCAGUCACUGUUUUUGUGUUGUUAGUUUGGGGCUUUUGGGGCUCUAUACACUUACUUCACACGAGCUAAACCCCUUUAAACCUCCCUCUGUGUGAAGUGAUGGGCAAUCAGUGAGUGUGAAAAAGGACAUGUGAUAGGUGUUUGAAUUCAGCAGUCAUGGGGGAUACUGUCCCAACUUUGUUAUGGAAGUUUGAGAUGCCAAGCAUGCCGACAUUACGAGGCCUGAAACCCCUGGGAGAAUAGUACCAUUAUUCCAGAUUGAAGCCUCCCAAUGAGCACCCGUGACUGCUGCCCAGACUGCCGGAAACAAGGCUUUCUGAGUAAUAAUUCCAGUAGGUCACUUUGUUGUUUGUCUGACAAACAGUCGGUUUUUCUGAGGGACAGUCUGCAGGGUUAAUUUGAUGCAGGAGUCAUUUGUAAAGGGAGAAUGAAAGCUUGUUCUACUACAGGAUUACCGAUUUACACAUUUGUUCGUUUCAAAGGAGAAAUGUAAAACAUGCAGUAGGCUUUGAAGUCAGGAACUGAUUAUGUACAGGGGCCAAUAUACUCUCUAAGCGAUACAAAUUCAAUUUCUGUUGGUAUGUUGGUUAUUUUAUUGAUUUAAAAAAAAGGGCGUGUGUCCACUCAUAGAAAAUUCCAAUACACUAUAGCAUUUAUUUACUCACGACACUCUUAAAUUCAAUAAAAGUCAACUUUAAUGCUGCGUUUGAGUUACCUCGGAAGUCAGAAGUCCGAAGUGGGAAUGACAUCACAUCUGGGUUACCAGUGUGAGUGGAAAAAAAGCAAAAUCAGAGGCGGAAAUAAGAUUUUAGCGCUUGCCUUGUUCGAAUAUAAGCAAGGACAAGGCAAGCGCUAAAAUAGCCUUCGUAGAUGUAGCCAUCUUGUUUCCGCCUCUAAUUUUGCUUUUUCCCGACUUGGUAACUGAAAUGCUGGUGACUCAGAUAUGACGUCAUUCCCGCUCAACUGACCAAUCAGAAUCAAGAAGGUGUGGGACCAUGAAUAACAACUUUAUCGAGCACAAUGGUGGAGAAGAAAGUAACAUAACUUGCUUCUGAAGUAGGGGUUAAGUUUCUGUUGCUGCUCCAGUUACCAUAAUAACAGCAAUUAAUUCAUGUUUAUAAAAGGAUUAUUUGUAAAUUUCCAUUUAAUGAAAGCAACAGUAACUGGAGAUUUGCAUGAUUAGACGAGCAGACAAUAAAACCUCGAACCCUUGCUAGCUGGCACCAGAAAUACUUGUCAGUUCAUUACUUGUUUGGACAUUACUUGCACAAAAAUAUGGUGUGACAGACACAGACUUGUUACUGUUGAGUCUUUGAAGAGAUUUGAAAUAUACUUGUUUUCAUGCAGCAUGACUGGUUCAAAAAUAACCCUCCCCUUUUAUUCCACUUUCCUCUAAUACCAUAAUUUGAAAACAUUUGACCAAAGAUUUGAAGGGAAAUGAGUUAUGAAUUCUAUUAUCUGCAGCCAAAAACAGAGCCAGUCUAAUCAUGAGCAACCGCUGAAUUUCUAAAUAAAUAUCACAAGAUUUCUUAUUCAGUAAGUGGGCAUAGGUGACAUUUCUUUGAGUGAGUUGCUGUUGUUCAUGGUUUUAUGAAAUUUGAUUUGAAUGGCUGACAAAGUAAUCUUAUUACAAGUACAUUUGGAGCUUUUUAUCCUCUCACUUAACCUGAAGCAGAUGGAGUUUUGCACAUUUGUCCAAAACAAUCAACUGCAGAUUGUCAAAUGUACAUGAUCCCCACAUUUAUAUUCAACUCUUAAUCCCUUUGGAGAAUGGCUACUUCUCCAAAGGGAUGUGUGACACUUGGUAAAACACUAUAAGAACUUAGAUUCUUAUCUUACUUCCCACUGUAAAUUUCAGGGAACCCCAGUGCGUAUAGAGUUUGAAUGUAAAGCAGACUGUUUUUCAUUAAUGACUUAGUUUUGGCAGAAAGUUUUAUGGAUCCUGCUCCUCUCUUUCUCAAAAAACUCUUCUUCUUUUCUCUUUUAGAUUCAUUGAGCUGAAGAUGAUGGCCGACGCCAGCGAGAUGUUGGCAGCAGCCUUGGAGCAAAUGGAUGGAAUCAUAGCAGGUAACCACAUUGCACACUUGGACUUUAAGACCUGGCAGUAGCACUUUUUUUCAAGUGGGCAUGGCAUACUAAGGGCUCCAGCCACAUCUGGAAACCAUUGAGUCCCAAGCUGGGAGUACUACGUCCUGUGAACGGCAGUACAAUGUGUCCUUCGACUUCCUCUUCUACCUGCGCUUUAAUUCAAUCCUGCAUGUGCAUAAAAGUUUGGAAUAGUGUAGUAACUGUGCAGGAUCUCUGGCUCCUUUCUGCUUUCACUGCAUUCCUCCGCCAUGAGAAACAAGAGCGAGUUUCCAUUGUCCCCGCAGUGACGGAAACUAAUGAUUAUUCAGGCUCUGGAAGUUUGGAAUACAAACUGCAGCCUGGGAAGUUUUUGGCUGCGCUCUGUGCUGGUGCUGCUGCAGAUGAGCAGAGCAGGCUUCACUCUCAGAGUCCCCGACUUUUCCGCUGAUGUGUGUAAUUAUAGCGCUGACCUUUCCAAUGGGAGCGAGGUGACUGGUCACAUGACUCUCCUCUCCGAGUCCUCCCUUGUUUCCGCAGAAACCGUAGCAGCCAUCGAGCCUUGGUCCCUCUCACUGCUGCGGGGAAGCCAUGAUUGUUUGGAUGUCGAUUUUAUAUAGCCCUCCCUCUUUGUUUCGUCGGGCAUCUUUACUAAGGCUGACAUUUAAGACAGAUAACAGAUGGUGUGAGGAGGGCUGAGGCACAUGACAGGAAAAUAAUACAUUUGAACUCAGAUCAACACGUUGCUGCAUUUACUGUUGAGGCCAAAAUCUGAAAAUGUGGAUUCUGCUGAUAUAAGACAAGAUUUAAUUGCAUUAUUGGCACACAGUCAUAUGAUGUCCGAUAGUUUUUUGUUGCAUUUGUUUGCCCACUUUCUCGAGACCACCAAUAAAUAACAAGUAGUUGUAAUAUUUAUUGACUGAAUGUGGUUUCUGAAAACCCCCUUUUAAAUCCACAUCAACAGGCUGUCAGAUCUUUACAGACUUGUUUACGGCCGUCGUCUUUGAAAAUAGCCAUGGCAACAGAAAUUGUUUUUUCAUCUUUUCAUCUAGACAAAUUAGUAUGCUUUCAGCACUGACUGAACACUGUUCCCAGCAUCAAAACCUCGGAUUGAUGCAUGGUUGUAAUUGAUAAUGCAAAAGUGGACUGAAGUUCAGGGUCUGAGACAGAAUUUUAACAGGAUCAAGACUGGUUGGCUGAGUAAGAAAAAGUGAGUUUUGAGCCCUGGUUAUGGCUGAGUAGAAGAGGAAAGACAUUUAGACCUUGAAAUGGAGAAGCAGGUGGUGUUGGGUGAUAGUUGGAAUUACAGUAAACAAAAGAAUCAUUCAUAUUAACAACACAGCUACUCCUGUACCUUAUCAAACAAAUAGGUGUUAUAGCUUACAGUCCAACAAUCAUUAUUUUACUUGGCCAGUAUAAUGUGAUACGAUAUUAGGGCCCAACCGAUAUGGAGUUUUUGGGGCCGAUGCCAAUGCCGAUAAUUAGAGGGCAAAAAAUCCGAUUAAUCUGACGAUUUUUAAAUUUUUUUAUAAAGUUAUAAAAAAAUCUAUAUUUAUAUGUGCCAUCUACAGGAUAAGUUGGUGAACUUUUCAAAUGACGGAACAUUUUCGAAGUGAAACCGAAUCUUAUUCUCCGUAUUUUAUUUCUGAAAAUAUCGGUGAAAAUUGGCGAGUUUUGGCCGAUUACCGAUUAGCCUCAAACGGGAUAACAUUGGCCGAUUUAAUCAGCUUGCCAAUAAAUUGGUCGGGUCCCAUACAAUAUCACUGUCAUGUGAUAUAGAAUGUUACUGGAUGAUACUAUGUGAUAUGAUAGGGUGUGACAUGGUACAUUGCAAUAUAAAAUGACAGAGAAAGGCUUAAAUACGAUAUGGAGAUUGACUAAUUUGUUUGUCUGCCCUAAUGGUAUUUUGGCAAAAUCAGCAAACUGUUGUACUCAAACAUACUUUUGCCUUUUUCCUUAAGCUGUGCACGCAUACAUGCUGUUAUACAUCAUCAUAGUUUCCAAACUGUAAGGGAAUCUGUUCGACCAUAAAAGAUUGUGCUUUUUGUGAAGGUCAGCCUUUUCAGUCUUCUCUUUAUUUUGAAACAAGUGCCGACAUUAGCUGCCAGAAAAACACAUGAAUGUUCUGAAAAAUCUAACAUUUGUUAAAACUGUCUAUUGUAUUUUUUGGAUCCAGGACUAUUUUUUUUAAAGUUACUGUUAUUGUUUCAAACACAAGAUCUCCUCUCUGAUGUACCUGAUGUUCCACUUGUCUGAAAAUAAAAGAUGCCUUUUUUGGGGCGACUGUUCUGUUAAUCUUGUCAGUGUAUUGAAUUAUCUACUUUAAUCUAUGACGUACUUUGAGGAUGAAAUCAUGCUUUCAGUUUUUUAUCUUCAACAAAUCAAUGAGUACACAUUGCAGCGUUAAUGAGUAAGAAUACUGCCUGGAGUUACUGAGAUACGCAGUUUUAAGUAUCUGCUUUGUUCCCUAAGUAGCCUGAGGGUCAGAUAGAGAAGUUCAGCCUCAUGUGGCUCCAACUACAACAUGCAAAAACACUGAAAGAAGUAAACAUGCAGUUACACAGCAGCUUAAAAGUACUGGUUUUAGUUGUCAUCAUCGUGCUCCCACCACACCCAGAGAUCAGCACCAAAUGUGGCUUUGACAACAUUCGAAACUCAUUAGAUUUGAGUUUUUAAAAGCAUGAGCAAGCCUCAUUUCACAACUUCAUUUGAUGGUGAGCUCACUCUCCCCCGCUGUCAUCCUCAGGCUCCAAGGCCAUGGACUACUCCAACGGUCUGUUUGACUGCCAGUCGCCCACUUCGCCUUUCUUGGGGGGUCUGCGGGUGCUGCACCUGCUGGAGGACCUGAGGGGAGCCCUGGAGCUCAUGGACAAUGAGGAGAGGGACAACCUGCGGUGUCAGAUCCCUGAUUCCACAGCAGAGGGGCUGGCAGAGUGGCUGCACGGACGACUGGUACAAAGAAAACCUUUUGAGUCAUUUUAAAUCCUCUUUAUGUGGUCUCUGAUGUCCACGUAUGAGAUAAAGGUGUGUAAUAAUGACAAGCAGCUACUUCAGCUUAAUGUGAUGUGUGAACGCUGCAUGUGUUCUAAAUGUACAUGUAGAGUCAUGUCUGUCCUGCUGGGCUGGACUUUAUCUUCGAGGAUUGACGCUCUUUACUGUUACAGGAGACAUGAUUUUCUCAGCAGUUGGUCGUUCUGAAACAUGAAAGCUGCACAUCAUUUCUCAUAACGGGGCACAUGUUUAAACUUGUAUGUGCUUCUCUCUCUCUCUGGCACUUGAACAUGUGUCAGUUGAAGUCUUGCCUCCAUAUAUAAUGUAAAAGACUGAUGGUGUCGUGUGUGUUUACAUGUAUCACAAAUCUGAUUGUAGCCAGUCUUCUUUUUUCCGCAGUAUAUGCAAAAACUUUUACAUCUGAUCGAUAGUUAAACACAAAAUUAUGAAGGUGGGUAGCUGUGCACAUGGAAAAAUGCACACAGAAAUAAUAAUGUAACAUCACCUAAGAGGACUUAUGGACAUGAAGGUAGGCCUGGACGAUAUAGAAAAAAAGCAUAUCGAUAAAAAAUAAAUUAUAUUGAUCGAUAUCGAUAAUUAUCAAUAUAAUUAUUAUAAUUAUUUAACAUAUAUUUUAAUUGCAGCCCUGGAUGUUUUAUGCUAUUGCUUAAUGACCUACUUUUAAUAAAGAACACAGAAGCACUGAAUUCAAAUUCAAACCUUUAUUCAACCACCUUUUUUAUUUUACCACAACUGAAAGUUUUUUAAAAAAGAACUAAAAAAAAAAAGAAAUCAACUUAAGUGGCCUGAGUGACGUCAGUAAAUACUGACAAACAUAAAGACUAAAGUGACCAGAAAAUCUGAUAAAUAAAUAUUUAAAUAGUCUUUUGAUGAAAAUAAACAAAACAAACAAAUAUAUAAAUAAACAGAAUAGCUUCAGGUGGGAAUAGCAUACUACCAGUUUUAACUGUGUGGGAAACUGCCCACAGCCUGGUGUCUGAACACUGAAAUAUUUCUCCCGGGGUCGGGAGAUUUAUUUUUUUAAUUAUCAUGUGAUUGACUUGAUACGCAAACUGAGCACGAGAAGCAGGACUUAACCACGCCGGUGUUGUGUCGUAGAAUGCACCCCUGCCGAAUGCACCCCCUGCUAGUAGCCAUGAUCCAAAUACUCGCGUCUUUGUAAAAUAUGAGCUCAUUUUCUUCCACUUUAAGAAGCUAAUGGGUGGACGGGAUGCAGGGGUGCAUUCUUCUCACCUUUUCAACCCCUGACCCAUUUUCAUGCCUGAAGCGCUGUGUUUGAGAAAUACUUGCGGCCGGGCACUUCAUAUCGCGGGUCGAGAGUGGCUAGAAGCUGGUCGAAGCCAGGCUUUUCAACGGUAGUUAUUGGCAGUAUGUCCCUCGCUAUGCAGCAUGUUACUGCAUGGGUGAUGUCCUUAUGCCGCUCGGACGCUUUGUCGUAUUUUGGUAAGAAACGAAGUCCAGUUUGGUCUGCUUCACUUGCUUUGUGCUGGUGCUGGUAGCGGUUCCAGAGGAUUCCGACGACGACGACGUGGAGCCGCGGCGCGGCCGACACAGCUCGUACUCCUGUGGGUGCGACCGGUUUAGAUGGUAAAACAAGUUGGUUGUGUUAUCAGACUUCGUUUUUACUAAUUCUCUGCAAAUUUUGCAAACGACCGCUGUUCGCUUUUUGUCAGACUUCUAAAAACCAAAACAUUGCCAUGCUGGUGAAACUACUGACAAUGUCCUCCGCUUCUCCUUGCUGUAUCAUUUUUUCUAAUACACGUGCUGUCUGUUGUGGUUUGAUAGGGGCUGGGCUUGGUGCCGUAGCGUACCUGGGUCUGCGUUUGUGAUUGGUUGGGAGGAAGUAAUGACUGUAGCAAAAGCUACAUGAUAGGCUAUGAUGAAAAAGAAAGGGAAACUGUGUUUUUCUAUCGAACUUUUUAUCGACCCGUUUUUUUUCUAUCGCAGCACACGUCUAUCGAUCGAUAUAUAUUGUUAUCGAAUUAUCGUCCAGCACUACAUGAAGGUCUUACAAAUUUAGCAUGACAAGAAAAUAAGAGAAAAAAUAAGUUCAGUCCAACAGAAAUGAAGUGAAGAUCAUCAGAGAAAAAGAGAAAACUCAAGCAGUAAAGAGAAAAAGGAAAACAAUAGAAAAAUAAUAUUUACAAGACGUCUGGUCUGAAAGAAGAGAAAUAUGUACGUGACCUAUUUUUCCCAGUUUUCAACAAACUCAUUGUACUAUCCAUCCAUCACACUGUUUCCAUCACAAAGAUGUUAUGUGCCAGAUCAGUCGACUCAUCUAGUGUUAGUUUUUCAGAGCCAUUUCUUAGUAAAGGACAUUUUCCACUUCAUCAACAAUAUUCAAAUCAGUUUUUUAUCCUUUACCAAUUUUAGCUAAAAUGGGAUGACAAGUAGGGCAACUAUGAAAAAGAAGCUAAUUAUCAUUUUAUCUUGACAGUAUUUUUCUUAUCCAGGAGGCUAAAUUUUGACCUAGCAAGAUUUAAAAAAUUAAAGUUUUAACAGGCAGUUUUUCAAAUCUGAAAUGCCUUUAUUAGGUAGAGAACAGAUGUCCAACUUGAGUCUAAUUAAGUGAAACUAAAGCUGUCUUUUAACACAGCACAGAACCUGUGAAAAACUACUUCAGCUUACUCGACACAGCUGCACUGCUGUGGGGUAAAGUCAUCCAAAUAUGUUUCUUGGACAGAGAGAUGAAUCCACACUUUCUAAUAUUUGGGCAAAGCGCAUCUUGAUCCAUUUCUAUCCGGCUGUUUUAGGUAUUUGAUCACAUUUCAUCUCUGGAUACAUGAACACUUCACUCUUUUCAUUUGUCAGAUAGCUCUUCUACUUAUGUAAGUUGAUUGGAGUUCCUGAGUUUGAAUCCGAGCAAAGCUGAUUCUCAUCUCUGACCUGAGAGAACAAAUGACCUCAUGCCUUUAAUUGCCAAAGUCUAUUUCUGUGCAGAUCUUAAAGAAGUGCUUUAAUUUAAACCAAAUGUUUUGAUUUCGUCCUUGUAUAACAAAAUCACUCUUUAUACUGUUCAAGGCUGUUAUGAUUUAAGCCUUUGCCUACACAGGGACUGUUUAUCAUAAAAGUGCUGUUAUGACACGAUUGGUGAAUGAUGGAGUUUCUAUAGGAAUCCUGCUGCAAAUAGUUUCCAUCUCCCAAACUCAGGCCGAGACUCUUGUUUUUCUUCCCUCACGGCCUUGUCUCUUGUUCCCCUCUGAUAUUUGAGAGAAAAGUUUGCUUUUGAUUCAAUUUUCAAAUCACUUGCAUGUGAGAAUACGUUCGAGCCUCACAUGGUUCUCUGAAAACUCCACAUGCUCAUUUAUUCAUUCACUAUGUGAGUUGGUUGUCAGGGGUUUUUCAUGGUCGUUCGACUAAGUGAUACACAGCCUUUAGAAAAUCUAUCCGGCUGAAGGGCAGCGAGUAUUUCCACUUGAGUCCUCUGUUAACCUGAUUUUGAACUUGAGAGCCCUCUCUAUUUCCUGUGAGUUCUCAUCUGUUAAGAAAUAAUUGGACACUUUUAUUACUCUUGCUAGAAAUGCAUCUGUUUCCUAGGAAACCUCAAAUUAAAACCUAUUUCUCUCAUUCCAGACUAACGGCCACAGCUCAGAGGCAGUCUACCAAGAACGUCUGUCCCGACUGGAGAGUGACAAAGAGUGUCUUAUUCUUCAGGUCAGUGAGAAAAAACUGCUCAGUGUUGCUACAGAGCCAAGGACCAAUUGCCCUUAAAUUGGCAAUGAAGAUGUGUUAUACAUGGCUGCGUUUGAACAGUUAUGCCCUCAAAAGAGGCACAAGUUGUUGAUUUCUGUCCUCAGACGGUCCGUUUUUUCAGAUAUUCAGAACAUUUCUUAAAAAAAAAAUGGUCAAGUCUCAUUCAUCAUUGGUCCCUUUUAAGUACGUCUGCCUGCAGGGAAAAGCUUAUCCAUGUCUUCUUCAGUUACCCUCUCAGUAAAAUGAUUGCAAUUUUCUUGUUGGCAUGGCCUUUUUAACUUGGCCUAAUUGAGACGUUGAGCUCGCAUCUGCUCUAAAAGACUCUUCAAAAAUAUGAGGUACUCUAGAGAUGGAUGGUGCUGCGAUUUGAUCUAAUUUAAGGAGAAGGAUGGCACUGUUCUGACCGUCUUCUCAUGUCCACAAGUCACGCGCGAACCAACAAUUUGGCGGUCAGUCUCUCUUUGCUGCUCUGUUUGUGGCGACUCAGUCAUACUUAGGAUGAGAUGACAAGUGGUGUUUUAUCUCUUUUUUUAUGAAACUGCUGCCAAUUAUAGUGUUUAGUAGAAGUUACUCAAACAGCACUACAUUUAGAUCAAGAUACAGGUUCUAGUUUUGGAUCCAAACUCUUUUCCAAACAUUUUCUAUAAUUGAAAAAAUCUGUUUUAGAUCAUAGAGAUGAUCUUGCUCAUUGUCUGCGAGUCUAUAAAGAGUCAUAGAUGUCUCUUCUUUGUCUAGGUAAGUGUUCUAACAGACCAGGUUGAGGUGCAAGGGGAGAAGAUACGGGACUUGGAUUCCUGCCUGGAACAUCAUCGACAGAAACUCAAUGCUACAGAGGAGCUGCUUCAGCAGGUAAAGCCUCUGUUGUGUCAUUUACCUUAAGUAGUUGAAUUAAAGAAGGUUAUUUCAAUACUUAGGUGCAGCUUCUGUGUGUUUCACCCACAGGAGCUGUUGAACCGAUCAGCACUGGAGACCCAGAAGCUUGAGCUGAUGACUGAAGUGUCCAGUCUGAAGCUAAAGCUAACUGCUGUGGAAAGAGAUCACAGGGACAAUGAGGUAAACCUUGGCCCGACCAUGUGAAGUUCAGUGGAGAUAGAUGAAGUUCUCAGCUGCACCUGCACCUUGUUUUGAUGUGAUGUGCGACUCUGGAUCCUGGCAGCAGCCCAGUCAUUGUUUUCGAGUCACAAAAGGUCCGUCACACUCCGCUGAAGGACUCUGAGUUCUGUCAUGUCAUGUGGUGUGGGUUGAACUUCUUCAGGGGUUACAAAAUAAGCCCAUACACCCCUUGAGCUCCAGCAGCUGUUUCCUGCUAGAAGCCCACCACCCCCACCUGUGCCAAUACCUCCCCCUCCUCCCUGAGGGACUGGAAGGCUGGGAGAGUUAUAGUUUCCAUACGCUCCGUCCAGGCACAUACAUUCAGGGAGUAUUAUGUGGUGUUUCCAGAGAGUAAACCCUGAGGAGAGGUCAGUGAACUGAAUGCUAUUGUGCAUAUUUAUUUUUGUUUCCAUUUAGUUUCCAUUAAACGUAAAAAUCAAACACAAAUCUCUCUCCGUCAGCAGUGCUGCUUUUUCCCAUAACCGUUAGUGGUUUAACUGUUGUGCCUAAAUUUAUGAAUUUCAUUUCAAGAAAGCUCAGCCCUUCCUCCAAAGAUUCAUAACCUACUUAAACCAGAACUCAGAGAGAUCACACACACUGGCAGGGUCCAUAAACUGACCCUUUCAGAGACAGAAGUUGGUCCGUUUAAGUUUUAGAAAUCUGUUCAGAUACCGGCGGGGUUUGUGCUCUAUCCCUUUCCUCACACUCACUUCCACAUUGAUGCACAACAAAGGAGCACAAGGGAGUCACUUCUGCCACUGAAUGUAACAGUGAACUACUGUGCCCACUGAGCAUUUUUUGGUCUAAAAGAGGUCUAAUAGACGUCUAAAUGUAGCCUAGACGACUGAUCUGAAAUCAGGCUACCACAGGUCUAAAAAUGAAAGAAUGAAAAAUGAAAUGAAAAUUUAGACCAAGUUUAGACUAGUUGGCUAACAGAGGUCUACGCUGUAUAUUGCUCAAUGGCGAUGAUAAUUACUUUGGUUAAGUACUUGGAGAUCAGUUAUGCAACUCACAGUUGCUUUUUGAAAUAAAUAGUUAUCGAAUAAUGGGUUAAAGUGCAACGUCUAAAUUCUGUCUAAAAAUAUACAGAAUCUAGAUGGCUAUUAGACAUCUAGGUUUUUUUUUUUAAACCUAAUUUCAACCAUCUAUUGCUCAGUGGGUAGCUUCAACAUGUUGUGCUUCCGGAGUUCAAACCAUCAUUCAGCUACAGGUCCGAGAGAGGAGAGCAGGGAGGGAGGCAGAAGGAGGCGUGUUGUGUUUGUGUGUCUGAAAAGCCAAAGGACAAAGUGAGCAUGAGGAGAGAGAGAGAGAGAGGUUGUUGCCUGCUAGGCCAAACAGUGGCAUCAGUCUCUGCCAUAAUUGAGUGUAAGCCCAAAGUCUUAAUGCUACAAAGUUGAGGGCUUAAACAGACUGAGUUACAUUUGUUACAUUUACAUUUGUUUUUCUCUUCUGACCACUUAAAGAGCACUUACACCACAUGUCACACACAUGCGCACACUGACAGCAAGGUCUGCAAUGUAAAUCGCCCAUCAGUGUUACCUAAACCCAUUCAUGUACAUUCACAUGCUACUGGCUAUACCAUUGGGAGCUAUCUGGGAUUCGGUGUCUUGCCCAAAGGACACUUUACCACUGAGUGGAGUUGGGGGCUCUAAACUUUACAGCUGAGUGAUGACUGACUCUACGACUGACCCGUAGCUGCCUAACUGAGGCGUGGUUGUUACCAGAACUCAUUUUUUACCACAAAUGUUAUUUUUAAAUAUGUCAAAAAAUACAAAAACAUUUUUUUUUUGUUUUUCAUUUUUAUUUAGUAUAAAAUUCCAAGUCUAGACAGUCACAUGGAAUCACUGAAACACUGACACUCCCCCCUAUUUAGAGAAAAACGGAUAAAAGCUGUACCUUAUAAACCACUGGAAAACUGACAGAAAUGUUCCCAACAGUCUGAAUUUGGUGUUUCCUCCAGUCGCUCCUCUAAUCCUGACAAAUUCAAACUAAGACUCUUCCUUAAUCCUGCUUAUUAAAAGUAAAAGAGCCUAGAUUUCAAAUUCACAUUGUAUGAAACAGAAGUGUCUGUGCAGCACAGUGUUCCCACUCUGACUGUGAUAAAAGCCAUUUCACAGUAACUGACCAUGACGCUUCCCGUGGUUCAGGAUUUGCCUCCAUGUGUGGACUGAGCCUCUCAGAUUCCCCCCUCUGGGAUGCUGGUUUAGAAAAAUGUUUGGUACUUUUGGCAGGAAAUCUCCCCCCCGUUAAAAAAUUCAAAACCAUCUCCCACACAGUCUCAAUAAACCUCCCCAGAGCAGGUUUUUCUCAGAGAUUAAUGGGUAAUGGAGUUGUUCUCUCCUCCCCAGGGCUUGUACCAGGAAGUAACGGACCUGCGGUUCAGGGUGACUGAUAUAGAGAAUGAAAGACUUCAGUGUGAGAAGAAACUCAAAGCUGCUAAAGUAAGUGUGUCCGUGAAGGUUCAGCUGAGAGAGACUUGACAUUUUAGCGUGUGACAGAUGACCUAUAAGUGUCUCUAUCCUUUUGUAAUGUACCAGAACAUGUUAAGAUCCUUGUAAUUUCUGCUCCUCCUUCUCUUCUGUGAUUUUAACUUCUUUCUGCAACAUGCUAACAUGUCAAGCGUCCGAAGGGGAACACUGUGCGGUUCACUGCCAACGAGGUGAACGAGGUUUAAUCUCCAGUGUGUACUCUUCUUCUCCUUUCCGCCCUCAAAGAUCCUCUAAACCUGCUCCCUCUCCACUGCUGCACACUGCUUUCCUGACUUUCACCACACUGGCUGUAAGUGCUUUCACCUGCAUCUCUGAGCUUUCGGCUUGAUUUAACACCUGCAGACUGAAGACCAUUUUUAUUAUCUACUGGGUUCUGUUUGUUCGGGUCACUUACAAACUUCAGUAAAACACAUUUAGAAAUUUAUUUUUGUGCGUGUUUUUUAGCGCUAAUUUUCUUGAGUAUCCUUUGGUAAAAGUAGCUCUUAAACCACCAGAAACUUUUAAUCAGCUUUUGUUCAAAGUUUUUCUCACUGUUUUGUAUGUUUUAUUGUGUGUUUCCACGAUUGAGUGAAAAUUAUGAGCACUGAAUCAUCUUAAUACUCACAGAGUGUUCAGAGAACCAAAUCAUCAACUGACUGACUAAUAUUGUGUUCAAGGUACUUUUCAGUUUUAUACAAAAAGCUCCAUUUACUUUUACAAAGGACUAUUUCAUUUGUGCCCAAAACAUUAAAAAUCUAAUUUGAAACCAAAGAAAACUAAAGAAAAUCACAAGAUACAAUCUUUCUCUGGCUUUCUUUGAGUUUUGUCACUUCUUUUGCUCUUGUAAGUUGAAGAGUCUUGCUUGACCUUUGACUCUGGGAACUUCAAUUUGACACCUCUGAUGUUUUCCAUGAAACAAUUUCUAAUCUGUUGUGCGUCUGGGCACUCAAAGCCUGAAAGAGGCGACUGGAAGAUUAAAUUUCGAAUCAAGGAAAUGAAUUCUGUUAAUCUCCUUGAGUCUGAUUUACCAACAAAGAAAUAAAGACACAUCCUCUUUCAUUACAGGAGGAGCUGCAGCUUCUGCAGAAGCAGCUGGAGGAGCGAGAGGCUGAGCUGAGGAGACUUAAAGACGAGAGCAGACUGAGGACAGAGAGUCACAACAGAGCUGAGGAGAGAGGAGGAGAAGGAGGAGGAGGGGGAGCAGAGAGAGGUGGGAGCUGCUUUAAUAACCGUCUGAGAGCUUCUUGUUUUAUAAAGUCCAAAUCUAAUAUUACAAAAGCGAUUAUGAGGAUUAGACAAACAGAUAUUUCAAAUUCCAACAACACCAAAUAACCCCCGCAAGCAGCUUCAUUGAACAUUUGAUAGUUAUCUUAAUUUAAUCUGAAUUUCUCCAUAAAUUACUUACCGUCUAAACUAUAAUGAGGUGAUCUGAGGCUUCUUUCCCAACAUAACUCCUCAUCCGUCCUUCUGCAGGCGCCAUACCAAACAUGUCAGACUGUUUCACUCCCUCCACGCCUGGUAACCUUAUCUUAUCCCCUCUGUUGGUGGAAGAAUGCAAUUUAUUUUAAAGGGGAGUCUCUUAUACACUCUGCCUGUAUACAUGCUCUGUACAGUAUCAACAGCUAUAGGUGUUUGUUUUGACUCACUCUACAGACUCUAUGAAUGAGGAGUGCAGUGAUUAAAACUCCCCUGCCACUGUUUUAACACCAUUAAUAAUGUCAAAUGCUUUUUACCGGGGGCUUGAACCAAAUGAAUGCGAGUUCUUACACUUUAUGAUCAUGACUUUUAGCCCCAUUUUUUACCAUGUCCAAAUAUUUAAAACAGCUUUUAUCGGUAAAAUGUGAGCCUGAAUGGAUUUGGAAAAAGGACCAGUGGUGUAUUUAGAGGGAGAGGCUCAGGGGGGGCAUCACCCUCCUGGUGGAAACCAUAAUCAAAAAUGUCCUCAAAGGUUUCCUUUUCAUGUAAAAUGCAUAACAGUAAACAAUGUACAGUAAAAAAGGGUCCAUUUGGAAGCCCUUCAAUGGGAUACAAUGUAAACAAAAUGCCUGCUUUAAGUAGAUUAAAUGUAAGUAAAGUGCCCCCCUUGAAGUCCAUUUUGAAGUCCUUUCAGUGGGUACCAUGUAAACCAAAUGCCCUCUUCUAGAGAAGUAGAUGCAAACUAAGUGCUCUCUCCAGUUGGUACAGUAUAUAAGAAAUGCCUCCCUUCCUAUUGAUUAAAAGGAAACAAAGUGCCCUCUUCUAGUACAUUAAAUGUAAACAAAGCUUCCUCUCAAAGCUCUUCCAGUGGAUAAAGAGGAUACAAAGAACCAUCCGGAGACUCUCUGAAUGGAUUAAAUAUUAAUUAAAUGUCCUUUGGUUAUCUUUCCAAAUGUUAAAAUGCAAUAACAACAACACCUGACCUCUGAUGGAAACCAUAACUCCUGAAUGACUGUCAAAAGGAUUAAAUGUAGACAAAGUGCCUUAUUGGUGAUUUGACCUGUCUUCAGUGUAUAUGUUUAGUUGUGAACGAAGGUGAAGUCAGAGUACACCACUGUUUAAAGGGAGACUUAAUAAUGGAUUUUAAUCAAUUUUAUGGCUCCAAACCUCAGCCCAGAUGAUCAGCUCUGCUCUUAAAAACACACUCUGGAGUUCACUUGAGGUUUUCCCAGAAGACAAAUAUGGUUUGGAUUAGAUUACCAAGUGGUUGGCACAUGUUUGAUUGUAUGGAGCGUCCAUAAAAAACACAGGAAGCCUCUGUUUUUAAUACUUUGAGGUGAUAAUUGAAUCAAGAGUUUAUUGCAGCAACAAACUACAGCAGCAGCCCUGCUGACUAAAAACACUGAGCCUCAGCGGCUUCAUUAUUUAUGGUUUCUUACAGAGCUAAAGGGAGUUACAGUGAGCUAACCUUUCCCAGAGCAGAAAUUUAUCUUUCUGAGUUUUUUCCAGAUGCAGAAGUGUUGAAGAUGAAGAUGGUUUUGGAGUCACUGGCGUCGGCCAAUGAUGAGAAGGUAGGUUAUGAUUUGGCACUGAUUAAAAAAAAAAGCAGCAGAGCAGACGCUUCAUUUACUUUGAGGAGACAGUGCUUUGACAGGAGGCUGUUUUAUCUGCAGGAACGAAGGAUAAAAGAGCUGGAGGAGUCGCUGACAAAGAGCAAGAACGUACAGGAGAUGGUCAAAGGUCAGACUGAGAUUAAAAAUGACAGUAAUGUUACUCAUUUAUCUUUGAAUGUUUACACAUCCUAUUUGCUUUCACUGCACCAAAGCUGAGUGAGUUACAGGAGUUUAUGACUGCUCCGAGUCCACUUUGGGACAUAAUUUCAAAUAAUAAUUCUGGCUUCAAAAUCUCAAAGCCCGCUUAAAACACUAAACAAUAACUAAUCACAGCCAGAAGGGCAAUUUCUGCUUGCACCCACGGACACACUCACACACAGAAACAUUCACACUAAAAGAGAGACGCCCUACAUGCCGUCUUUUUAAAACGCUUGUCCAUACCCACGUGCUCCUAUGGUUUGCAAGGCCCAUUUCACAGAUUUUGCAGCCUAUACUUUUCCUCUCAUUAUGAAGGGUGAAGUGUUCCCGGAGUGAAAAGACUGAAGGAGGUGAUGGUGCAGGAUUGGCUGCUGCAAUUUGACUGUAUUUUAUUUCCCUAUUGCUUUCCAGUAGCUGUUUAACAUUCACAACUCCCAGCAGAGGAAUCAAAGAUGUGACAGGGCUUCUUACUCCUCUUCAACACAUAGCAAUUUUAUGUCCACUGCCAGCAUUAAAACCUUUGUCGUUGAAUUUUGUUUGACCAUUUCUGAAGUUGUCUUGAUUUGUGGUUCUGUUGUCCUCUAAAAUCUAAGAAGUGCUGGUUCUUCUCCUUAAUUGUCGCUGUGAUUGUUUUACUCUGUAGUGCCUCUCUGACCCGUCCCAACUUUCCCCUUUCAGAGAAGUUGAAGGAAGAUGACUAUGACGAUAUCCCCGAUGAUCCCUCUCUUCCUGUAUCCAUGGAGGUGGAUCAGGUCACUCUGGCGCUGAUGGGGGAGGCAGGAAGGAGCUCAGGCGAGGUAAACACAACGUCUGUCAAAACAAUUCGGAACACAGGAUGAACCCCAGACCAGACUUCCUCUCAGAAAAGCUCAAUUUCGGCCUCCCACUCUGAAAUUCUUCCUCGCUGGGAUCCAGAGUUUCUGUUCUGGUUAUUGGGCUUUUCAAACUGUGAAAAUAUUCUGCUGUUGUGAAAAUAUGUUUGAUUAAUCAUGUGUUCCUCUGUUUCUGUGUGUUGGCCCAGUCGAUUCCUUGUAUAGCCGUGCUUUCUGAGAUGAAUGAGCUGGACAAAGAGAGACAGUUACAGGCGGCCCAAAGGUAAAACUCUGAGUUUGAGAUCUAAUUGUUUUUCCUUCAUGUUAUUAUAACCCAUUUGUUUCAGCUUAAUUUCAUCUCAUGGGUGGGAUUAAAAACAGUGUAAAAUCUGAACCACGUGUGAAUGAAGCAGAUGUUUGGGAUCAUUUUCAGAAGUUUUUCACUGAUGGUUUUAAAAGGAUUCACUAAGCUGUUUUCACACAUGAAAAAAACUCUUCAAAACUUACGUCAUGUUGUAAACAUUACACUGUAGCUUUCACAGCGAGCUUUGAUGUCAUUUUCUGCCUCCUGAGACACAUCAGUCCCCACACACUACACUGAACAGGGAACUUCAUACUGUGAGGGGCACGUGUGAACAGAUGAUAAAGGAAAAUUAUCCUGAAACAUUUCUAGAAUAUCAAGGUUGACCAUGUACAAAUACAUUUAAUUAAAAGAUAGACACAGUAAUCCUAAUUCAAUUAUAACCUAGACGCUUCUAUAAAAAAGACAAAACACACCAAUAUAACUGAUGAGGGUGACGUUUGUAAAGAGUCUCUUUUCCAUCCGCAACUUCAGGAAAUGAUGGUGGAAUAAAUUGAUGUUUCUGCAUCAGUUAUUAAUGCUUUUACUGUGAAAUGUCUGCAAAGUAUUAUAGUAGUAAAUUAUAAAAAAUUUAUUGAACAAAAAAAAACCAAUUAAUUAAAUGAAAAAGUUUAAUGAAAUACUAAAUAACUCAUUAAAAGGCCAAAAUACCUCAUAAAAAUUCUACACAAUUAUUUCAGCAAUCUCAAACACCAAUAUUCCUGAAAGCAUAAAAACAUUUUACGAAACACAAAUGCAAAUAUUUGUAAAAAUCACUAAAACAUUUUAUUAAAACAGAAAAAACAUUCAGUCAAGCUUAUAAACAUGUAUAUCAUACAAAAAACAUAAGCUUAUGUAAAAAUAUUUCACUUGAAACAAAGUUAUGGAAACUAAAUUUUUUGAUAGAACAGAAAAACACUUCACAAAAAUGUGAGAACAUUUUUUUGCAAAGUAAAAAUGUUUCUACAACACGAUAUGGAAGGGCUUGUUCAGGACUCUUUAAGCACCUUUAUCAGGUAAAGUGAGUCACUUUAACACUUUUUUGUAAUUGUGGUUAGCUCCUCAGAUGUCCAACCAGCAGACAGCUCAGCCAGAACCAGCACAGAGCAGGUAAGUCAUUAUAUUUCUAACAGUUUGAAAUGUAUUUUACAUUAUAAUCUUGAAUGUUGAAUGUGAAUCUGUGAGAAUUUGAUUUGAAUGAGUAUGGCCUCAUGUGGUCACAGGAUCAGUCACAAGACCUGCAGCCUGUUCUGCAGACAGUCCUGUUCUGACCCCUUGUGGAUAAAGAAUGCAACUACAUUUUCUUUUCCAUGUAGCUGCUUGAAUUUAAAGGAGAAACUCUUUUCCUUUUACUGUCUUUGACUUUUCUCCAACCUUCUCCUUCUUUUCUCAGGCCAAAAGUAAAGCAGCACCCGCUUCUUUGCCCUCCAGCAAAUCAAGUGACGACAGUUUUGGCACCAAGAAGGCUCGUUCUUCUUUCGGCCGGGGUUUCUUCAAGCUGCGAGGUGGCAAACAGACAGCCAGUUCUCCAAACCUGGGUGAGCCUGAGCUCUAAACCGCUAAACUAUCCUGACAAUUCUCACAUUUUUCACAGUUUUCAAAUGUUUGCUAUCGUGUCACUGAUCCUCCUGUCUUUUUCACGGCUCUGUAAACUGUGAAGACCGCAGCCGGAGUACCAGUGCACCUGUGUUAGGUACAGUAGAGCAGAGAGGGCGUGUUGGCCUGCAGUAUGGCAGCUCUGGAUAAAACAGCUGGAUGUGAAUAAAGACAGUACUGACAAAGACAUGUGAAACUGAACUGUAAAUGUGAAGAUCACAUUCUGUCAUACUUAUUAACUCAUAAACAGACAAUUUCAACUCCUCCUAAAGCAGUGGUUCAGAAACUUCACAAAUAGUACAGUAGCCUUGAAUGUCAAUAGCACAAAUAUUUUUAAAAAAGAGCAAAAAGCAUUUAUUGAACUUAAAAAACUAUUUAUUAAGUGAAAAAAAGAACUCAUUAAAAGGCCAAAAUAUCUCAUAAAAAUUCUACAGAAAUAUUUCAGCAAUCACAAACACCAAUAUUCCUAAAAGCAUAGAAAUAUUUUACGAAACACAAAUAAAAAUAUUUGUAAAAUCACUAAAACAUUUUUAAAAACAUUCAAUCAAGCUUAUAAACAUAUGAAACAUACAAAAAACAUCAGCAUAUGCAAAAAUAUUUCACUUGACAAACAUGUUGGAAACUACAAAUUAUUUGAUAGAACAGAAAAACAUUUCACAACAAUAUGAGAAAAUACUGAAAAGAGAACAUAUUUUUGUUUUUUUAUAAAAUAUUUUUGCACUUUGUGAAAUAUUUUUGUUUUGCAAACUUUUUUGCUUUUUUAAAAAUCUUUUUUUGUUGUGAAAUAUUUGUACAGCUCACCUCUUAAUUUUCUGACCAUUGGAUUCAAUAAUUCAACAUUUAAAUCAGUGUGUUGUUAAAAGUAGAAGAAAGAAUCACUGCUUUAAAUCCUGUUAUAAAGAUGUUUUUCUUAAAACCUUGUUAAAGUUUGAAGUCUUUCUGUCCAGUUGUCCCUUAUCCAUGACUUUAAUCCAUCUGCAACUAAUCUGUGGUUAUGGUUCGACUUUCUCAUUUGCCUUAAAAUGAGAAGACUUAUAGUUCUCACAGUUAGACAGCCUGUCUUUUGCAUGGAUGGUGUCAGUUUUGGUGUUGAUGCUUCUGUUAAAUUCUCUUUUUUUUUCGGAUUAACAAAGGGUCCUAGUGGUGCUUCCCGAGGUUUCAUAUUAACUAACUUGACAAACUCUGGACGAUUCAGCCUUGUAAAGCCCUUUUAAUGUCAUAUUUAAAGCGUAUGAAUGUGUUUUUCAGCUGAGACUGAAGGUAAAGGCACAGAGCACCUGGACUUGGCCGGCGUUCCUCCACGUAAAUCUCAGACUGCCGCUCCUCUGCCGUCCUCGCCUGAGACCAAAAAGAAGUCCAAAGGCUUCAUGAAAUUCUUUGGCAGGUAACGUUUACAAGUGUGUCAGCUCUUCUUCCUCUUGUCUCAUCAGAUCAUUAUUUUCUGUCAUCUAUGAUCCUCAAUCCUCUUUCAGACUAAAGAGGAGUCACUCUACCUCCUUUAACCUCGAUGACGCUGCAGAGAUGGAGUUCAGGAGGGGCGGAGUCAGAGCCACAGCUGGACCACGACUCGGCUGGUCGCGGGAACCAAAACACAAGUCAGGGUCAAAUAGUCUUCACCAGCAACAGUUCCCUUUGAAUCACUUUAUUUUUUACAUGUUGGGAGUUGAUUUACUGUAAUCAGUCCCUCCUUUGUGUUUAGUGCUGUCGAUGUUCCUUUCUCACGCUGGACUAAAGAUGACGUCUGCGGCUGGCUGCACGAGCAGGGCCUGGGGUUAUACGCAGCUCAGGGUCAGAGCUGGAUCAAAUCAGGACAAACUCUGCUGCAGGCAUCACAACAUGAUCUGGAGAAGGUGAGAGGAGGCUGUGUAUGAUCGUGCUUUUAGAACAGAAACAGACUUUUAUUUUCAGUGUCUUUGUCUGAGUCAUAUAUCAGAUGUCCUCUAGGACUCAGCUUUUAGUAUAUUAAUGUGCAGUUAAUGUACUGCUGCAGACAUGGGGAUAAAGAAGAUACUCUCAUCCUUGGUUCCUGCAGAUCCUUCAACAGUUCUGUCAAAUUAAAUUAGUCUUAUUCUCGCUUUGAUAUGGAAACAUGUCUCAAUACUUUAUCAAACAUAUUACAUCACGUUGUAUCUGGAUUUCUUUGCUACUUUUAUUAAAUUCCUCUUUCACUGCUGAUUGCUUCUGUUUCUGUCUUCUGUGCACGUUUCUCUGUUGUCCCUCUCAGGAGCUGGGCAUGAAGCAGCUGCUCCACAGGAAGAAGCUGCAGCUGGCUCUGCAGGCCCUCGGGUCAGACGAGGACGACCUGAAAGGCAGACUGGACCACAACUGGGUGACCAGUGAGUGUCAUUGUAUUUUAUCCCACUCUAAAAAAACCCACACAGUUUGAGUUCUUAUUAAAAACUCUGAUGGUUCAUUUCAGGAUGGCUGGAUGAUAUCGGGCUCCCGCAGUACAAAAGCCACUUUGAUGAAGCUCGUGUGGAUGGACGAAUGCUGCACCACAUGACCGUGGUGAGUCUGUGCUUAUCAAAGAGACGACACUCAUGAAAGUAAAUGUGUUUGUCCUAAUUCUUUCUACUCUUUCUUUCUUUUUUCUAACUUUUUUCGGUUUGAUCUUGCAGGAUGACUUGCUGUCUCUGAAGGUGGGCAGCGUCCUCCAUCACCUCAGCAUCAAGAGGGCCAUCCAGGUCCUCCGCCUCAACUCAUUUGAACCCAACUGUCUGAGGAGACGACCCUCUGAUGAGGUAUAAGAUCAGAAGCCAUGAUCUGCACUCUUCUGUUGUUGUUUUUUAAUGUCUCUGCACCUCAAAUCUGCAUCGUCAUCCCCUUGUUUUGGUUCAGAACAACAUCACGCCGGCAGAGAUCUCCCAGUGGACAAACCACCGUGUGAUGGAGUGGCUCCGGUCCGUGGAUUUGGCAGAGUACGCUCCGAAUCUGAGGGGCAGCGGUGUUCACGGAGGGCUGAUGGUGAGACAGGAUCGAGAUGAGAUGAAAUGUUACAAACCCAACAGGGAAAUAAAUGAUGAGAGCAGCGAAUGAAAGUCAUGGAGGAGGAAAUAUGAUUUGAAAAGUAGCACUCAGAGAAAGAACUCUGCAUUUCUGAGGGAAAGAGUCAGACUUUAGCAAGUUUUAUCCAGUCACUUCAGAGGUGAAGGUGCAAGAAAUAAGCAAAAUAAAAAAGAUUUAAAGAAUGUUUUUUCAAAAACAUAAAAUUUUCUUGUUUAUGCAAAAGUACAAUCUCAAAAAUGUUCUUCACAAGUUAACGACUUUGGGAUUAUGAACUCUCAAGGAUACUCCGAAUCUGACAAACAGUGAACCUAAUGAUGCUCCUGUUAAAAUACUUCAGUUUACGCAGAGAACAAAAAAAAAAACUUGUUGUUUAUUCCUUAAAAAAAAAAAACUUUUACGUGUUGACUUUUACGAGUCUGUUUCCCUGUUUGACCUUUUACCUUGCUGUUUUCUGCUCGCUCUGAAGGUGUUGGAGCCUCGCUUUAACGUGGAAGCGCUGGCUCUCCUGCUCAACAUCCCUCCGAACAAAACCCUGCUGAGACGCCACCUGGCCACACACUUCCACCUGCUCAUCGGCUCCGAGGCUCAGCGGCUCAAACAGGACUGUCUGGAAAACCCAGACUACAGCGUCCUCACCGCCACCGCCAAGGUCAAGGUAAGUUGAGGCCAAACUAAUCUCCCUGUUACCGUGACGACACCAGCUUCAGUUUCACUUUUCAGGGCCUGAGCCCUUUUGAAAUCGAAGGAAUUAUUUAUUAUUAUUUUUGGUAAAAGUUUUUCAACUUAAAAACACCCAAGACGGGCUCAAAACCUCAGGAAAUGUGGCAGGCAGGUUGGGCCCAGCAUAAAUUCACGUAUUUUGCUGUGAUCCUUUUAUCAUCCUAUACUAUGAUAUUUUUAUCAUCCUAUACUAUGAUAUUUUUAUCAUACUUUACCAUAAAUUUUGAACAUACUUAACUAUAACAUUUUUCACAUACUAUACUAGAAAUUUUAACAUACUAUACUAUGAUUUUUAAACAUACUAUACUUUGACUUUUUUCCAUACUAAGAUUAAAAAAUUUUAUCAUAGUAUACCAUGACAUUUUAUAAUAAUAUACUAUAUUUUUUACAUUACAUUUUUUUAUACUAUAAGAUAUUUUUAUCAUAUUUAUCUUUGUUUUUUUUACAUACUAUACUAUUAAAUUUUUUUCUACUAUAUAAAAUAUUUUUUCAUAUUAUACGAUGCUAAUUUUUAUACUAUACUAUGACAUUUUUAUAGGAAUACACUUUGAUAUUUUUAUCAUCCUAAACUAUGACAUUUUUGUCGUACUAUAGUAUGAUAUUUUAAUCAUACUUUACCAUAGAUUUUGAUCAUUCUUGACUUUAACAUUUGUAACAAACUAUAAUCUAACAUUUCAUCAAACUAUAUUGUGAUAUUUUCAUCAUACUUAACAAUGAUUUUUUUAACAUACUAUACUAUGACUUUUUCCCAUACUAAAAUUUGACAUUUUUAUCAUAGUAUACUGACAUUUUAUCAUACUAUACUAUAAUAUUUUUAUCACACUAUACUAUGACAGUGUUGUCAUACUAUAUUGAUUUGUCUUAUGAUACUGCUCAAUAACAUUUUUAAGUAUUUUAAGUAUUUUUUUCAUACUAUACUUUGAUAUUUUUAUCAUACUAUAGUAUGAUAAUUCAUCAAAUUAUACUGUAACAUUUUAUCAUUUGUCUGUUGAGCACCAUCUCAUAGCUUUAUAUAAGUCCAAUUUAUUCCUUUGAUAAAUUGUUUUUUAUGUUCAAAAAAUGUUUUUUUUUGCUCUUUUUUUAAAGAUAUUUGUGCUUUAUAUAAGUCUGCUCAUAGACUUCGCAGAUUUUUCAGCCAUCUGCUGCAACCCAACCUCGAAUAAGCAGUUCAUGGUUUGACUCCUGGCCUCGACCCUUUUUCGCGUUUUCCCAUGCUCUUAACUCACCACUUCGACAUGUUCUGUCUCUUUCCUCAACUGUCCAGAUAAAAUACUUAUCAUAAAAAGAUGCUGCUAUAAUAUCAAAAAAGUUUUUCUUCUAAAAUUGUCUGAAAUGAGAGAUCCUCUCAGUAAGAGUCACUUCAUUGUUAUGUGUGUCUGUGUACAAUACUGAACUUAAACUGUCCUGUUUCCUUCUCAGCCCAGACGCCUGUCAUUCGGCAGUUUCGGCUCUUUGAGAAAGAAGCGUCACGACGAUGGUGAGGAGUACGUCUGCCCCAUGAACAUUGAAAUGCCGAAGAGCAGCAGCUUCCAGAGGGGGAUCCGGAUCUAUGAGGAAAACUUGGACCACCUGGAGCAUGUAUGGAGAUGUCUUUACUGUAACUCCUUGAAUUUUGGCUCCUUCCUGAAGCUUGUUUCUUUUGUGUUUCACGGGGUUUUUUUAUGUGUAUUUUUCGGCAGAUGGAAGACUCUGAAGGGACUGUGAGACAGAUCGGAGCGUUUUCAGAGGGAAUCAACAACCUCACAGUAAGACACAGUCCUGCUCAAUACAUCACACCUGAAUGAUCCUCAGUGGGAAAACAGAACCAACACGAGUCUCCUCUGUUUGUGUUUCAGAGCAUGCUGAAGGACGACGAGUUCUUCCAGGAGAUCUCAGUCUGCCCUCCUGAGGUUGAGGCAGCAGAAACCGACAUCUCCGGCUCCACUUGAGACUUGAGGUGCCGACCCAGAUCCCUCCAGACUCUGAAGUACAGCAUAUGAGAGAGCUUUGACAGUAUUUUUAUCACUCAGAAGAACAGCCAUAGCCUUUUUUUUUUGACCACAUAUAUUUAUUGAAGCUGCCAAAAGUCAUAAUGCAUGAACAGAAAAUGCAGGAUUUUAAUACAGACAUACAUGUUCCUCCUUCUGCAUUUGUUUUAGUAUUCAGCCAUUUGUGUUUUCUUUUAGGUAAUCAUUGAGGUAUUCAUACAAGUGUUUUAUUGAGUUCCUCAGUUGCAGCCGGAUGGAGUUUUAUUUGUGGUACGUGAAACUAGAGGAAACUCCUCCUUGACUUUUAAAGGUUUCCUGAUGCAGAUUUAAAUUUUUUGGUGGGAUUCGUCAGAGUUUUGAGAUCCCUGAAUUUCAAUUUGUCUCUUCAGUCAAUGAAAGUUUUUGGGGAUUGAUGAUGUAUUCUUGUUAAUCUGUUUCUAAUCAGGAUGAUGGGAUGUGUUUUUAUGCAGAUUUAAACACUGUGAUCUGUUUCUGUUCUCUUGCGUUAAAUUGGAGCCAAAGCUAAAAUUUCACAGGCCAAAAAUCCUGUAAGAUUGAAGCCAAAACUAGAAAAAGUAAGAAAAUGUUUCAGUUCGAAGCCAGGCGCUGAUUAGCUGAGCAUAAACACUUGCAAUAGAGGGAAAAAGUUAGCCUGUCCCUCUUUAAAGCUCAAUAAUUAACAUAUAUCACUUCUGAUUAAUUCCAAAGCUCCUCACUUCUGCACAAAAUCUCCUAAAACCACAAUUACCACUUUUCUUUUCCUUUUUACUCGAUGGAUUAAACAAAUCAGAAGUGUUACUGGUGAUCUUAAGAGGGGCUUCCCGGCUAAGCUUUUCUCUCUGCUCAUAGUCUUUAUGCUAAAUUAACGAACUCCUGGCUUCAGCUUUGUACUUUGCAGACAUGACUUCUAAACUCUGAUUUAACUAUGAAUUUUCUGCAAAUUUUGAGGUAUUUCUUUGAGAAACAACAUAAAUGAAGAAACCAAAGUCAAUGUUUUUCAUUUUUUGUAAUAAAAAGGAAAAAAUGCACAUGUUGUUGUGUUCAGUCUUUUUUAUUGCUAUAAUAUGAUCUAUUUAUCAUGCUAUACUAUGACAUUUUAAUUCAACUAUACAAUAUUUUUUAAAUACUGUAUUUUUAUAAUAUAACACUGACAUUUUUAUCAAACUUUACUAUGACACUUUCAUCAACUAUCCUGACAUUUUUUUUUACUUAAAUUAUUUUUUUCAUACUAUAUGGUAUUUUUUUAUCAUACUAUACUACGCCAUUUUUUUCAUCCUAAAAUGUGAUAUUUUAUCACUCUAUACAGUGACCAUUUUUCAUCCUAAAAUGUGAUGUUUUUAUCAUACUAUACUAUGACCAUUUUUUCCCUUAAAUGUAAUUUUUUUCACACUAUACUAUGAUUUUUUUCAUCAUAAAAUUCGAUUUUAAAACCAUCUUUACUGUGACUUUUUUUUUCCAUCCAUAAAAUAUAUUUUUAUCAUACUAUACCAUAACAUUUUUUCAUCCUGAAAUGUGAUAUUUUUUAUCAUAGUGUGAUAUCAUCUAUACUAAGACAUUUCUCUAGCCUAAAAUGUGGUAUUUUUAUCAUACUAUACUGUGACAUUUUUUUUCUGUAUGUGAUAUUUCUAUCACACUAUAGUAUCACUUUUUUAUCAUUAAAUUUGAUUUUCAAUCAUACUUUAAUGUGACUUUUUUGCAGCCUAAAAUGUUAGUUUUUUUAUCAUACUAUACUAUGCAAUUUUUUAUUUGAAAAUGUGAUAUUUUAUUAACCUAUAGUAUUACAUUUCUUUCAUCCUAAAAUUAGACAUUUUAUCAUACUUUACAAUGACAUUUUUUUCAACCUUAAAAGUGACAUUUUUUAUCAUACCAGACUAUCACAUUUUUUUUCCCUUAUAUGUGAUUUUUCUAUCAGAGUAUAUUAUGAAAAUUUUUAUGUAUGUAAUAUUUCUAUCAGAGUAUACUCUGACUUUUUUUCGUCCUUUAAUUUAAAUUUUAAAUCAUACUUUACUGUCACUUUUUUUUCCAUCCUCAAAUAUUUUUAUCAUACUAUACUAUGAAAAAAAAUUUUCAUCAUAAAAUCUGAUUUUUUUAAUCAUCCUAUUAUGACAAUUUUUUUUAAUCUAAAAAGGUUUUUUUAACCAUACUAUACAAUGACAUUUUUUCCAUCCUAAAAUGUGAUCAUUUUUAUGAAACUAUACUAUGACAUUUAUUUAUCAAUAAAUUUGAUAUUUUUUUCAUCAUACCAUACUGACAUUUUUUAAUCUUUUUUCGUGAUAUUUUUACCAUUCUAUACAAUAAAAAAAUUUCAUACUAAAAUGUGAAAAUUUUUACCAUAUACUGAAAAUAUACUGUUUUUUCAUCCUUAUAGCUAUUAUUUUUCUCAUACUAUACUUUGAAUUUUUUUACCCUUAAAUGUGAUAUUUUGAGCAUACUAUAUUAUGACAUUUUUUAUUUUAUUUUUUUUAAGCCUUAAAUGUGGUAUUUUUAUCAUACUAUACUAUGACAUUUUUUUUUUAUCCUAAAAAGUGACAUUUUUAUCUUACUGUACUGACAUUUUUCACCCCUAGAUGUAAUAUUUUUAUAAUACUAUACUAUGACAUUUUUAAUUAUCAUAAAAUGUGAUAAUUUUAUCAUUUUUACCAUGACAUUUUUUCAUCCUAAAAUGUAUAUUUUUUUAAUCAUAUUAUAUAAUGUCAUUUUUUCCAUCCUAAAAAGUGAUAUUUUUUUUCAUACUGUACUCUAAUUUUUUUUUUUCAUACUAAAAUGUGAAAAUUUAACCAUACUAUACUAUGUUUUUUUCAUCCUUGCACUUAAUAUUUUUAUUAUACUAUACUUUGGACUUUUUUCAUCCUAAAAUGUGAUAUUUUUAUCAUUCUAUUGUCAUAACCCGGCUCUUAAGCCAUGACAUAUAUGGAAACGGACGCAGUGUAGGGCGAGAAGUAAAGAUUUAUUUAAACAAAUUAGAGACUUAAGCAAUUAUUUGUAAAUAUGGUGUGUGUUAGUCAGUGAUAUCAGUCAUGUAAGUGUGGAUGUGUGAGUAAUGAAGUGUAGGGUGUUGUGGGGUGAAAAUAAACCAAAGUCAAAUCAAAGCAAAAAGCCUGAGACAGCAGUCCUGUGGCAGGGUCAGAGCAAGAGAGAGAGCCGCACUGGAGAAGGGCCUUUUAUGCUCUGUGGCAGCAUUAGGCACAGGUGCUUCAAUUAUCUGCCACACCCACUCUCUCCCAGGUAGGCCUGCAGGGAAAACAUGAAAUGGCUCCACCAGGAUUAGUCCACCUGACCCCCAGUUAGGCAGGGCCGUCACACUAUGCGGACUUUUUUAAUCCUAAAAUGUGGUAUUUUAUCAUACUUUACUAUGACAUUUGUAACUUCUAUUUUAAGAUGUGAUAUUUUUAUGAUACUAUACUUUGACUUUUUUUUGUGACAUUUUUUUAUUCUAAAAUAUGGAAUUUUUAUCAGACUAUACUCAGAAAUAUCACAUAUGGGAAAAAAUGUCAUACUAUAGUAUAAUAAAAUACUACAUUUGGGGCUAAAAAAUGUCUAUCAGACUAUACUAUGACAUUUUUCAUCCUUUAUUUCGAUAUCUAAGUCAUACUUUACUAAUACUUUUUUUGAUCCUCAAAUAUUUUUAUCAUACUAUACUAUGACGUUUUUCAUCCUUUAAUUCGAUUCCUAAGUCAUACUUUACUAAUGCUUUUUUUGAUCCUCAAAUAUUUGUAUCAUACUAUACUAUGACAUUUUGUAUACUAAAAUGUAGUAUUUUUUUAUCAUACUAUACUAUGACGUUUUUUCAUCCUCAAAAAGUGAUAUUUUUUAUCAAACUAUACUAUGACAUUAUUUUUCCUCAUAAAAUUUGAUUUUUUAAUCUUUUUAACAAUGACAUUUUUUUCACUGAAAGUUUUUUUUAUCAUACUAUACUAUGACAUUUUUUCCUUCCUAAAAUGUGAUAUUAAUAUCAUAUUUUAAUUUGUUAAUUUUAAUAUCCUAAAAUGUGAUAAUUUUUUAUCAUACUAUACUGACCUUUUUAUCAUAUUUUUUUUUCUAAACUUUUUUUAUUGUGACAUAUUUUUCUUCCUAAAAAGUGAUAUUAAUAUCAUAUUAUAAUUUGUCAAUUUUUCCAUCCUAAAAUGUGAUAAUUUUUAUCAUACUAUACUAUGACUUUUUUUAAUCAUAAAAUUUGACUUUUUUAAAAUUAUAUUUACCAUGACAUUUUUUUUCAUCCUAAAAAAGUUUUUUUUCUAAUCAUACUUUACUUCUACAUUUUUUCCUUCCUAAAAAGUUAUAUUAAUAUCAUACUCUACUGUGACUUUUUUUCAUCCGUAAAUGUAUUUUUUUUUAAUCAUACUAUACUAUGGCAUUUUUAAUCUCAAAAGUGAUAUUUUUAUCAUUCUAUACUAUAAAAAAUUUUUUCAUACUAAAAAUGAAAAUUUUACCAUACUAUAUUAUAUUUUUUUCAUCAUCAAAUUUGAUAUUUUAUCAUACCAUACUUUGACUUUUUUUAAUACUUAAAUGUUAUAUUUUGACAUUCUUUGGACAAAAAUGUGUUAUUUUUAUCACACUUUACUAUGACAUUUUUCUUCCUAAAAUGUAAUAUUAAUAUCAUAUUUUAUUUCUUCAAUUUUUCCAUCCUAAAAUGUGAUAAUUUUUAUCAUACUAUACUAUUGCAUUUUUCUACUUUUUUCCAGUAGAUCUCAGUCUGCCCUCCUGAGGUUGAGGCAGCAGAAACCGACAUCUCCGGCUCCACUUGAGACCUGAGGUGCCGACCCAGAUCCCUCCAGACUUUGAAGUACAGCAUAUGAGAGAGCUUUGACAGUAUUUUUAUCACUCAGAAGAACAGCCAUAGCCUUUUUUUUGACCACAUAUAUUUAUUGAAGCUGCCAAAAAUCAUAAUGCAUGAACAGAAAAUGCAGGAUUUUAAUACAGACAUACAUGUACCUCCUUCUGCAUUUGUUUUAGUAUUCAGCCAUUUGUGUUUUCUUUUAGGUAAUCAUUGAGGUAUUCAUACAAGUGUUAUAUGAAGGAGUUUGAGUUCCUCAGUUGCAGCCAGAUGGAGUUUUAUUUGUGGUACGUGAAACUAGAGGAAACUCCUCCUUGACUUUUAAAGGUUUCCUGAUGCAGAUUUUUAUUUUUUGGUGGGAUUCGUCUGAGUUUUGAGAUCCCUGAAACUUAAAAAAGUAAGAAAAUGUUUCAGUUUGAAGCCAGGCACUGAUUAGCUGAGCAUAAACACUUGAAAUACAGGGGAAAAGUUAGCCUGUCUCUCUUUAAAGCUCAAUAAUUAACAUAUAUCACUUCUGAUUAAUCCCAAAGCUCCUCACUUCAGCACAAAAUCUCCUAAAACCACAAUUACCACUUUUCUUUUCCUUUUUAUUCGAUGGAUUAAACAAAUCAGAAGUGUUACUGGUGAGCUGAAGAGGGGCUGCCAGGCUAAGCUUUUCUCUCUGCUCAUAGUCUUUAUGCUAAAUUAACGAACUCCUGGCUUCAGCGCUGUACUUUGCAGACAUGACUUCUAAACUCUGAUUUAACUAUGAAUUUUCUGAAAAUUUUGAGGUAUUUCUUUGAGAAACAACAUAAAUGAAGAAACCAAAGUCAAUGUUUUUCAUUUUUUGUAAUAAAAGGAAAAAAUGCAUUUAUUAUUUUUUUUCAGUCUUUUUAGGACUCAGAAGAUGCUACAACAGUUUAUGAGGUUGGUUUAAAGUAGGGGUGCACGAUGUCAGCACAAUUUAUAUCACCAGAUAAUAGCUGAAAAAGUUGGAUAUUGGAAAAGGUGAUGCAUUAAUAAUGUGCAUGCAAUCACAGCCUGAAGAAAUUUUGCAUUCUGUACUUUGUGUUUAUAUCGGCAUAUAUCAGUAUCAGUCUGAAAAUAUCGGCAUAUUGUAUAUCAGCAAUAAUCCACAUCGUGCAUCCCUAGUUUAAAGACUGCAGACUGAUCUUUGAG